CGCAUUUGGGUUCAUCACCCCUCGGCUGAGGAUCUCUUUAGGUACUAAACAACAUUGGAUUUUUCUCCUUCUCACGAUUAAUUUCAGUUAGUUACAUAAAAACUCACAUUUCAACAAGGGGCGCGUCCGUGAAGGUGGUACAACUAAUGUCGGAACACGACAGCAACCCGUUCACGGAGCCGGAGCUCAGCAACCCUUUCCAGGAUCCUUCCGUGACACACGCAAGACAGACGACGACGACGACGGCGGCGACGAUGGCAGAGUACAAUCCCUUCACAGACUCCAAACCGACUGCGAUGGCGAGCAAGCCCCCGACGCAGCCCGCCAUCAUGAAGCCCACCGAGGAGCCUCCCGUCUACUCGCAGCCUCGGGUGCAGGAGUCGACAGGGGGCGCCGGCGAGCUCCUGAGAAGGCAGGAAGAGCUGGAAAGGAAGGCGGCCGAGCUGGACCGGCGAGAGAGGGAGAUGCAGUCGCUCAGCGCUUCUGGAGGCAGGAGAAACAACUGGCCCCCGCUCCCGGAGAAGUUCCCGGUGGGCCCGUGCUUCUAUCACGACGUCACGGUGGACAUUCCCGUGGAGUACCAGAAGACGGUCAAGAUCAUGUACUACCUGUGGAUGUUCCACACGGGGACGCUGCUGGCCAACCUGCUGGGCUCUCUGGCGUGGUUCUGCGUGGACCCGUCGCGCGGCGUGGACUUCGGUCUGGCCAUCCUUUGGUUCCUGCUCUUCACGCCGUGCUCCUUCGUGUGCUGGUACCGACCCGUUUACGGGGCGUUCAAGAGUGACAGCUCGUUCCGCUUCUUCGUGUUCUUCUUCGUGUACGUGUGCCAGCUGGGCGUCUACGUGAUGCAAAGCGUGGGCAUCCCGGGAUGGGGAGCCUGCGGGUGGAUAUCGGCCCUGACGUGCCUGAACGCCAACGUGGCCGUGGGAGUGCUGACCAUCCUGGUGGCGGCGCUGUUCACCGCGCUGGUCGUCAUGUCGCUGGUCAUGUUCAAGAAGGUGCACGCCAUGUACCGCACCACCGGCGCCAGCUUCCAGAAGGCCCAACAGGAGAUGGCGGCGGGCGUCAUGUCCAACAAGACGGUGCAGGCGGCCGCCGCCACCGCAGGCUCCAAGGCGGCGCAAGGAGCCUUCAAGGAGAGCAUCUGAACGGGGGAAUCGAACGGGUGCGCUCGUCGCCAGCCGCUCAACCGUACCUACUUCAUGCCUCGCUUCCUUUGAAAACCGAAUCAAAUACACUUAGGAUCGGUUAGCAGUAAGGAGUAUUAGGGUCACACUGGAAAAAAAAUACAAUCAUUUGCAAAGAAUAAAGUCAAACAAAACAAAACAAAAUUAGUGACCUCAUAAAAAAUAAAAAUAAAAAAUGAAGAAAAAAUUAAUGCACCUAUAAUUUAGCACUCAUGCUAAAACACUUGAAGGAAUGCAUCUGGUUUGUCCAAUGUUUUUGUGAUGUCCCUAUCCAAUAAUCACAUACUAGCUAUCUAAUGUUAAGCUUUUUUUUUUGGGGGGGGGGGGUCAAAAACUCCAACUUUGUGUUUUGUAAAAAAAAAAAAUUUAUUUCCUCAAAAUGAAAUCUUUACUCACAUCCCCAUGUUUUCUCCCUCCCAAAAUAGAACUUUGUUGUUGUAUUAAGCCUUUUUUUUUUUCAUAUGGAAGAAAUUCUUGAUGUUACAAAAUAAAGGUAUACAUUUUUAGGGGAUAAUGGUAGUUUUACAGGAAUAAUGUUGGAAUUUUAACAACAACAAAAAAAGACUACACAGUCAUUUGUUUUAUUUUUUAAAGGUGUAAGAUAGAGAAAAUGUUGAAAUAAAAAAAAAAACUAAGAAUAAAAUCACAUUUUGCCCAAAAUUUGAAAAAAGGCAUACAAUUACACAUUUUUAAAAGUAUUUUUUAAAAAGGCAUAUUACAAGAAUAAAGUUGGAUUUUGGGGGGGAAAUAAUUUUAAUACAACAAUUAUUUUUGUAGGGGGGGAGGGAAAUAAUACAAGAAAAAAAGUCAUUCUCUGAGAAAAAGGUAAAUAUUACAAGGAUAACUGAUAUUUUUUUUUGUGGGGAUCGUUAUCCUAAAAAAAUAUUCUGCUUUAUUUUGUAAGAAAAAAAAAACUAGUUUUACAAAGCUCGUCAUAGUUUUUCUUGGACAAAAAAUUCACUUGAGACGAACCAGGCAAUGUCAUGUGAAUAACCUCAGAAUUGUUUAAAGAAAAAAAAGUAAUACAAGAAAAAGUAGUAGUAAAACAAGGCUAAAUUAAGACUUGGUUUUGUUGGUGCAGGGGAUACGUCUGUUAUUUCUUUGAGAAAGAAAAAUGCAUUUUCAUAUUUUUUUGGGGGGAGGGGGGGGCUAGUAGUAGCAGCUUUAGGAAAAAAUAUUGCCCUCGUGUUUUUGAGUGAAAAAGGCACUAAAAUGAGGAAAAUUGUGUUAUUUUUUUUCAUGUCAGUGUGAUCCUGGGACUCUUUGCUCAAUCGGUUUCGCACUAACAUCUUCCUCCAAUGGCCCUGAAUGCAAAGUGAAGCGCUGAUGCCCCCUAGUGGCGAGCUUGUACAUUGCAUUCCAUUAGCUUCCCUUUCCGUCACAACGACCACAAUUUUAAAAUAGCUAAACCAUACUUCAGCAAAGAGCAUCAUAAGAAAAACUACAUUUCUUUCUUUUCGAGCGUGGUCACGCCAGUUUGCACUUUCAACGUGUCUCGCGUCUCCCGGCUGCGCAUUUACCUCACUUCCACUCAGGAUGGCCCACAGCCUCUCUCAUUAUUAUUAUUUUCAUUCAUGAGCCGAACUUUUACCACAGUGACAAAUGAUUAAAUGUGAGAAAAUGUAAGUUACCAUGUGAAGGAUUUCAAGCAAUGCAGCGGUUGUAAAUGCGAAGGGCUUAGUUUGCGUUUUUAGCCGAUAAAUGUGAGCGGACUUGCCUUGUACACUACUCACACAUACACAAAACGAAUCGAAAUGUAAAUUAAGACCUUAAAUCGUCUUGAAUUUGCAAACACUGCUCUACAGUUUUUGUUUAUUUUUUUUUAAACCACAUUCAUUUCAAGGUGUAUUAGCGCUGAAGAUGGUAGAAACACUGACAAUCAAAAUGUGAAAAUCAUCCGUGGCGAACGUUUGCUGGCUGCUUUGUUAACAAGGCGAUUGUGCCGGUUUAGACUUUGGGCUCCACGAUGACGUUUGUAUAUUUAUUGGUUCCGGACGAAAUCAAAUUCUUUUUAAAGAUCUUUUGCUUUUGUUCCCCAUGAAAAAAAAGGAAUGAAAGUGCACUACUACCUUGUACUGUGUCAGAUUGAAGUCAGAUUUUUGGUGGAAACCAUGGUGCACUAGUGCGCAUUUUACACGUGAGGGCGUCAAUUAACUAACACAACUGCGUGCGAGUAAUAAUAUAUUACGACAGUGCACCUCCGCAUACUCGCGGUUCAGCACCCGCGGACUCACCCAUUCAUGGAUUCCCCCCCCCCCCCCCCCCCCCCCCCCAAUUCUCUUUUGGUACACACAUACUCACCUAGACACUGUUCCAGAUUAGCACACUACUAGUCACUUUGAACUUCUUGAAUUUGCUGUGCCAGAUUAGUGCUCUAUUAGUAAUUUUCCAACUGCUCAAAAUUGCUAGAGGACUCUGCAUCCUUUGCACAAUUGUAAAACAAUAAAAAAAAUAAUAAAUGUGUCUGCAUUACCACACUACCGGUAACGUUUCAUUGCUCAGUGACGCUCCGUACUGUGUUUUUAUGUCUCUAAAGUAUUUUCUGUCAAAUGGCUGUCUGUUGUCGUACUCGAGCAGCUCCAACUACCGGAGACAAAUUCCUUGUCUCUUUUCAACAUACUUGGCAAAUAAAGAUGAUUCUGAUUCUGA